AUGUCGCGGGCCGAAUUAGCAAAUUUCGACAUAUCACAAAACCCUUUGUUCGUGCUGGUGCUUCAUAGCUGUACGGGGAGGCCACUCGUGAUAUGCCGCAAGCUCUUCUCGGCUAAUCGGUUCCCUAUCGGACUGAGCCCUCGGCCUCCAGUCUCUCAGUCUUCUCUAGUUGAAUACUUCGGGAGCGGUUCGGCAAUACGGUAUAAGGGUAUUCAGCCCCAGUCCCUCUAUUUCGGGGCUUUCGGGUGGUCUGCGAGGCUUCUAAAGAGCCUCGUCACCGAACAAUCACCGCUGUCGCCAUCCACCCUGGCCUCUCUUCUGUUCAAGAAAUUCUAUGCCGUCUUUACCGCACAUCCGAAGAGUCGCGAGGAAGUUGUUCUUUCAGCAAGGGUGCUUCGAUAUGUCACGCCUUGCAAGACUUCCGAGUCAUGCCAAGGGAACGCAGAUGAUCUAGAGACCACCAAAAGCUUCAGAGCUGUGCUGAAAUCCAACCGAGGACUUUUGUCGAGAAACGCGUAUUAA